AAAAUAUAUAAGAACCUAAUAAAAUUAGAGUUCCAUUUUUUUUAUAUUGAUCUACACAGUACAUUUUCUUGAGCUUCGUAGUUGAUCAGCUAUAUAGUAGAUUAAACAUGGCCGGGUUGACAUCGUUCAUGAAGAAUUGUGUUAAAUUUUCAUUGUUUAAUACACGGACAUUCCCUGUACAGCUUUUAAGGAAUAAAUCUGACAACACUAGUAUCCCGGUUCCAACGAUUAAAUCAAAAACUGAUGCUCCACAUGAUUUAUGGGUUUACCGAAAAGAUAAAUAUAUAGAUGCCAGAAUGUUAAGAGAUGUUAAAAGAAGGAAAACUCAUGCAGAGUAUGCUGCUCUACGUCCUCGAAUAAUGGCUUUGAAAAGAUGUCCAGAAAUUUUACCGCCAGAAAUUAUUGCUGAAGCUGAUGCAUUAUAUAAUGAAAAAAUUCCGAGAACUACUUGUCAAUUUCAAUUAACAAAAAGAUGUGCACUGACAUCUCGACCUCGUGGAGUUGUAUAUAGAUGGAGAUUGUCCCGUUUUAUAUUUAGACGUAUGAUAGAUUAUAAUACAAUAUCGGGACUUCAACGUGCUAUGUGGUAGACUACAACACUCAAUAAUGUAUUAAUUUAUAAAAAAUAAAACAAAUAUAUAGGUAUUAUUCAUAA